UGUUGACAAACGUGACCAAUGCAUAUCUCUGUCCCAUCGUCGCUAAGUGGAAUAAAAUGUAAUUUUACGAGAUUUUGUCGACGUUGUAAGGUUUCACGUGGAUUCUUCAUGAAGCUGUGAAUCCGGUCUAAACUGAAACUAUGCUGAAAUGGCUUUCCGGUGAAGAGGGAGAGCCUGGCUCUGUAGGUCCAGGCUCUCCCCGUGCUGCUGCUGGUGGUGGUGGUGUUGGUGGAGAAGUUACUGCAGAAGAAACGUCGGAGCGGCUCACCCAAACCGAGCUGCUUGUCACUCAGCUGAAGGAGAUGAUCCGGGAGAAAGAUGCAGCACUUCGCUCCAAAGAUGACCAACUUAAGGUGGAGAAGGAGACAUGCGAGUCCAAACUGUCGAAGCUGCGUCUUCAGAACAAGGCCAAGGUGACCUCUCUCAACUCACAGCUGGAGGAGCUGAAGAAACAACAGGGAGGUCAGGGCACGCCAACGCACAGCAAAAAGGGGUCUUCAGAAGGAGGAGGAGAGCAGGCCAGUCGGGGCAAGAUUGUCUUGCUAAAGAAAAAGGUGGAGGAACUAGAACAGCAGCUUGCACAAAGACAGGAGGAGCUGGAAAACAAGAGAAAGGAGGUUGAGUUACAACGGCAGCGGGGCGAGGAAAUGGACACCAUGCUGACAGAGAGGGACAGGAAGCUGGCGGAAAAAGAAGCGUAUAUUGUUCACCUGCAAACAGCACUGGCAGGAGAUCAGCCCAUCCCACCUGCACCACAACAAAAGGUGACAGAGGACAGUGGAGCAAUGCAGGAGCUGCAGCUGCUGGUGCAAAGCCUGACCAAGAAGGUGGGAGAUGCGGAGGAGCGCUACAGUUUGCUGCAGGAGCAGACAGACAGCCUCAAAGAGCUGGUGGCCACAGAGAAGGAGCAGUACAUUCAAAAGGAGACCAUGUACAAACAGAACAUCCAGACAUUCAAAGACAUCAUUAUUCAGAAAGAUAACCAGCUGCUAGAGAUUAACCAGAUGCACGAACAGGAGCUCUUCAAGCUAGCAGCGAAGUCUGACGCCAGCGCAGACUUAGAGCAGCUUUUGAAGGCUCUAAAACAGAAACUUCAUGAGAAGGAGGAGGUGCUGCUGGGUAAAACGCAGGUCAUCGAUGUUCUCCAAGGAGAGGUGGAUGGCAGGGACCAACAGAUAAAGGAGCUUGCAGAGCGGCUGCGUCGACUACAAGUAGAACGAGAGAGCCUGGAAUCCAAGAUGGAGGCAGAGAAGCAUGUGAUGCGAGCGCAACUUCGCGACCUGAUGGAAAAGCAGCAGGCGGAGGUGCAGCGAAUGGCUGAGCAGCAUCAGGCACAGAUGGCCCAAACGCAGCAGGAUCUCCUGGGGCAGCUGCAGGAGCUGAGGAGGGCCUCGGUAGCGGCACCAUCUCCCAGUCAGGAGGCCACAGGAAGUGGAAGCAUGCCCACAGAUUCAGCCUCCAUCCAGAGGAUCACUGAGCUGGAAGCCCAAACAAAGCAAAAAACGGACGAAGCGAGCAGAUCAGAGGCCAAGUUCCUGAAAAUGAAAGCCUGGUCUAAAUCUCGGAUCAGACAGUUGGAAGAGGAGUUGAAGAAAAGCCAUGCUGGAGGUGCCCCCCCAGACCUGACUGCCCUGCGGAGUCGUAUCACAGCACUGGAGGAGGAGAGAGAGGAAAACCUCUGGAAAGUGGAACAAUAUGAGGAGCUCAAAGCAAAGAACGAAAUGCUGGAGGCUAAGCUGGUGGUAUAUGAGGAGCAACAGAGGACACUACAAGCAGACCUGGAGCAGUUCACCAAGAGGGCCACCUCUCAGGCAAGUGAGUCAGGCAGUGCCGAUGACACUCAGAGCCAGGUGCUGGAGUGGCAGGAGAUGGUAGCUGAGGCAGUCAGCGCCAGGGACCGGGCCAAGGAGGAGAAGACUGUCAUGGCCCUCCGCAUUAGCCACAUGGAGGAGGAAAGAGAGGCACUGGCCACUCGGCAGCAGGAGUUGGAGGAGGAGCUGAGUCAAGCUCGGGGGCUCGGCCAACACAGGGCCAAGAAGCUGGCAUCUCCCGCCCGGCGAAGCCUGCAGGAGGACUUUGAAUUUGAUGGGCAGGACCCGCGGAGCAGCUCUCAGAGCACGAACCUGAUGGAGGGAGAGAACAUGGGAGAUGGUUUGCGGUCUGUCGUGGAGGAGCUGGAGCUGGAAAGGAACCAACUGCAGGAGCAGAUCCUGAGCCUGGAGGAGCGCUGUCAGGAUCUGGAGGAUCGACAGCAGCUGCAGUCCCGCAUAGAGACGUUACAGGUGACGUUUGAUGUAGAUGAAGAUGAGCAGCCAUUUUGGGUCCCUCAGAAUGAGUCCGAGAGACUACAGAGCCAGCUCGCCAGCGUCCGAAGUCAACAGAGCAGAGACGCAGAGAAGCAUCAGCUACUGGUUAGCAGUCUCAACGAACAGCUCAAAGGACUGAGUAACACACAGGAGUGCCUGGAAAGCUCACUCAUCGAGAAGGAGAAUACACUAGCCAAGACAUCUGAGAAGCUUGAGCUCAUCAACGGCCUCCGAGAAUCUUUGAGUGAAAAAGAAAUUCAGUACAAAGAGGUGUCUGACAAGCUCCUUCAGGCUGAGAACACUCUUGAGAAUGUUUCCAAGAAAUGCAGCAGCUCAGAGAAACAGUGCUCUGAGCUGAAAACAGAAGUUGUCGACCUCACACAGAAGCUGAGUUUGCUGAAGGAGAAGACACAAAAGCAGGAAGUCAACAUAGAAACGUUACAAACUGAGCUUGAUCAGACAAACGAGGAGCUGGACAAACUAAACUCCGCCCACUUGGAAGAACGAGCCCAACUCAUUCAUGACCUGCAAGGCUGCGAGCGGGAAAUCGAUAGGCUUAAAGACGUCCUGCUGGAGAAGGACGAGGAGAUAUCGACCCUCUCCGGUAACAUGGCCGAGUACGCAGAGCAGGUCACAGUGCUGAAGCAGGAGAUCCGACUCAAAGACGAGAACCUGGUCCGUGUAGAAACCGCUCUGAGUAAGGCAGAGCUGGAGGCCAGGAUUAUCAGAGACACGCAGAAUUCAGACCAGCAAGCCUUGGUCACAGAGCUGGUCCAGAAACUCAAGGAUACUGAGAUAGAGUUGGUCAAAACCAAAGAGGAAAGCGAGUCUAAGGUGGCUGAGGUGGAACAUAUGCUAAAGCAGGCAGAAGAGGACAAGAAAACUAUUCAGUGCCUUCGGGGGGAGACCCAGAAACACAUUGUGAGCCAUCAAAAUCAUCUUUCUGAAUGUGAAACGCACAUCAUUUCACUAAAGGAACAGCUGGCUUAUCCACCCAAAAGCUGCAGGAGUCAGAAAGACUCCUUUUGCAGCUCAAGGACAAAAAAUACCAGCAGUGAGCAACUACAGCAACAGCUUAAUGAUAAAGAACAGACCUAUGAAAAAGAACUCAAAUCUUUCAAGGAGGAACAGAACAAACUUUUGGCACAAGUGGAAAGAUACAAUAAUGAAAUGCAGACAUUGUCCAAACAAUUAGAGGAGCAAGUACAAAGUGAAGAGCACAUUAAAAAGGAGGUACAGGAGAAACUGAAAACCAUAGCAUCACUGGAAAACCAACUGAAGAAAACCGAUAAACAGGCCGAGGACGAUAGGCAGAAAUUCAACACUGAAUUGCAAAACCGGGAUUCAGAAAAUGAGAAAUUGAGCAAUGAACUUCAAAGCAAAUCUGAGAAUAUCUCCAAACUCAAGAAUCUCUUAAAAAGCAUAAAGACGGAGAAAAAGCAGCUGCAAGAAAAUCUUAAAGGGCUGACGGAGGAUCUUGAGCUGCAGAAGCAGAAUGUAAAUCAGUUUAGUGAAAAGAUUGCAUCGGCUCUUGAACUCAACCAGAGUCUUGAGAAUCAAGUAGAUUGCCUUACGAAAGAGAAAGAGAGACUCGAACUGGAAGUAACUGAAAGCGUGAAAACUAUUUCCAAAGUUACACUUGAAAAGGAUUCCCUGCAAGCCAAAGUAUCCAUACUGGAAACACAGCAUUCUCAAAAUAACACCGUAAUUGAAGGGCUACAAAAAGAUAAAGAGGAUUUGACUCUUCGAACUAGUGAGUUAAAUCGAGUUCUCGAGCAAAGCACACACUCAAAAUCAGAGAUUCUGCUAGCAAAAACAAAUGAAUGUAGUAAUCUCAGCCAGUCACUCAGGGAGAGGGAGGAGAGGGUGACCCAACUGCAGGAGCAAGUGCAAAGCUUGACUUCCAAGGUAGACCAGCUCCAGCUUGACAUGGCAGAAAAAGAGCAUACGAUCAGUGAUCAUCGAGCACAGAUAGAGGCCCAACAAAACCAGCAAGCGCAACUUCAGGAAACACUGUCUCUGCUGCAAGAACAGGAGCACAGUCUGAAGUCCGGGUUAAUGGAGAAGGAUACAAUAUUGAAAGAGAAGCAGGAAGAGUAUCACAGUUUGCAGAAUGAAAUCACACACCAGAAAGAUAUUGUAUCCAAGCUACAAGCAGAAGCCGAAUCACUUCAUGGAGAACAAUCAGGACUUCGCCGGCAAAUUGAAGAGAGAGAAGAAAUGUUGAAAAAUGUGACACAGCAGUGUCAAAAACACAAAGACAAAGUCAAUGAAACAAACAACACUGUUAAAGCUCUGAGUGAGCAAAUUCAUGUAAUGGAAGAAAAUGCCAGAAAGCUUGAGUCUGAAGCAAAGCUGAGGCAAACGGAGACGGCUAGCUUAAACAGCCACAUCCAGGCAGUGACUGAGGAAAACCUCCAACUUCGCGCUGCCUGUGAAGCCAGAGACAAGGAGCUUGCUCGGCAAACACAGACUCUGUCCGAGCUUCAUGGACAGCUUAAAGCGACUCUUGAGCAGAACUCCGUAUUAAGUGUGAAGAUAAGCAACCUAACAGAAAACAAUCAGAGACUACAAGAGGAGUUAGCACAGAACAUCAAAUCAGUUUCUGAACUAACCGCAGAGAGGAAUUCACUUGGAGAACAAAACUCUAAGAUCCAAAUUCAAACCUCAGAGAAUCAGAAAAUAAUUGACGGCCUGCUGAAGGAAAAGGAAAAGCUCGCUGUUGCAGAAGAUGAAUUAAAAAAGAUCCUCAAGGAAAGUGAACAGUCAAACUCUGCAGGUUUGCUCGAGAAAACAAAUGAAUGUGCGCAUCUGUCAGAAAUGUUGAGGGAGAGAGAAGAGCAAGUUCAGCAUCUACAAGAGCAACUUGAUGGCUUAAAAAAGCACGUCAGUCAACAAAUUUCACAGUUGGAAGCUCGGCAGGACCAGCUGCUGCAACUUCAGGAUACUAUAUCUAUGCUUCAGGAACAAGGAUCUGUUCUCAAGUCAGGGCUAAUGGAGAAAGACGCAAUGCUUCAGCAGAAAGCAGAGGAGUGUAGCGUUCUUCAGAAUGAAGUCGUGCAGCAGAAAGCCCUCACAUCACAGAUGAAGGGUGAGGUAGAGUCACUCAGGCAAGAGUGCUCCGAGGCGAAACAGCACAUAGAGCAAAUAGAACAGACAUUGAAAGAAGUAAGAAAUGAGUGUAAAAACCACAAAAACGAGCUGAAUAAACGAAACGAAUCGGUGAUCUCGCUCAGCAGCCAGCUUGGUGUCAUGAACGAGAAUACUGCACAGGCCGAGGUUGAAGUUGCCAACCUAAAGACCGCCGUGCAGAAACUCACUGCAGAACUGACACAGAAGGAGGACCAGAGGAAAGCAGAAAUCGUUGAUUUUAACGAUAGCAUUGAAGCACUGAAGGAGGAGAACUCAAGAUUAAAGUCUGAAUUUGAGAAAACUGUGACAGAUUUGUCCAAAGCACACGAAGAGGUUACCCAUCUGAAAACAGCAGUCUGUGAUGGGGACAACAAACUCAAAACUGCAGGCUCAGAAAGGGAGCGGCUUAAUAUGAUCAUGCAAGGAAAAGAUGACUCCCUGAAACAGCAGGAGAAUUUGAUCCAGCAACUCAACAGUAGGAUUACUGAGCAGGAGGAGCAGCUGAAACAGAAAGCAGAUGACAAUGUCAGUUUAAGUGCAAAGGUUUCAGAGCUUGAAGAUUCUGUUUGUAAACUCAGAGAACAGGUUGACCGUCUUUCUUCAGAGUCCCAUGUACUGAAAAAUACCUUGGAGAAAAGGGAACAGUCGAGUCUCGAAUAUCAAAGCCAUUUUUCAGGUGCCGUUGAGAAUCUUAAUUCAAAUCUACAUGCCAAAGAGGAUGAGUGUGAGAGCUUGAAAGAAAAGACUUCACAGCUUGAAGAGUCAGUCGCAAAGCUCAAAAGCACCCUCCAAGAACAGAUAUCUGAGGUGGAAAAUCUGAAGAAGGCCUUGGAGGAAAAACAGGCAGCUCUUUUGGACCAAUCAAAGUCUCUUCAGGAUAUUCAGAGAAAAGCAGAUGAGGCUUUGCUCUUUAAAACUCAGUUCGUGGAAAGCACAGAGUUGGUGUCACAGCUACAGAGUCAAAUUCAGCUACUGUCCACUGGGUCUGAAAACUUGAAAAUGUCAGCAGAGGAAACACAAAGUGCCUUUAACAACCUACAAGAGAAAUAUGCAGCUAACUUAGAAAUGCUGCAAGAUGUGAAAACGCAACUGUCCCAAAGGACUGACGAGGUGUCCAAACUUCAGAAGUUAUUGGACGACACCAGUAACGAACAUCAGACGGCAAAUUCCACUAUAGAAACACUGAGAAAUGAGUUAUCGGCAAUCCAUCACAAACUCGAGACGACUGAAGACCUGAACUCCAGUCUUUUGAAGGAAAAGGACGAAGCUUUUGCUUCUCAUCAAGCAAGCGUGUCGCUGCUGACUGUUGAAAUAGAAAGACUCAAAUCACAACAUCUUCAAGUUGUGGCACAAAUGAAUGCGCUGACAGAAAACCUUGAGCAGAGGGAAAUGGCUCUCCAUGCAAUUAACAGUCAGUACACUUCCCAGGCCAAACGCGCAUCCCAGCUGGUUUCAGAAAUGCAGAAACUAGAGCAGCAAAAUAACAGACUAAAUGAGGAGAUUAGUUUGUCAAAGGAAGAGAACCAGAAGCUUCUUACAGCUGCGCGUAAUGAGAACGCACGUUUGCAGGAGGAAGUUAGAAAACAUCUCGCAGAGAGGGAAGAGCUGGAAAGGCGACAUCAUCAAAUACAGUCAUCGCAGGGGGAGCUGCAGGUUCAAAUGGAGCAGCAGUCCAGCAGCAUGAACGCAAUAAUGGAGAAAACGAUGUCCGAGAAGGAGAGCCUUCAAGCAAAGGAAGCGAGGCAGAAGAUGGGUGAACUACAGCAAACCGUAAAGAAGAUGCAAACUAAUAGACUGCCACCUGAAAAAGAAAUCAUUCGCUACCAGGAAGAAACAGCAGAUCUAAGAUCGGACACAGAGAGGAAGGACACACUGCCAGUCAAGGAAACGGUUGUUUUGGCAGGUCAGAGUGGAAUGGACGAGGUGGUGAGUCGGUUGGAGGCAGAGAGGAUCCAGCUUCACGGAGACCUGCAGCGCUGCAUGUAUGAGAUCCAACAACGAGACCAGUACCUCCAGCAACUCAACCUCAAGCUGCAGCAGGAAGUGGAGGAGAAAGGUGCUGUUGCAGCUCAGCUGAGGGCCGUUUCCCAAACCCUGAGGGACACCCAGAAUCGCUGCCACUGGCUGGAAACCCAAGUCCAAGGCCAGUCUCAGGGGUCAGUGUAUGCUGAGGUUGCACCUGGAGCCCCCCAGGAGAGGAGCAUCAACUCCAUGACUGCUGGAACCGCUGAAGCCAGUCAGCUCCAAGAAAGGCUGCUUGAGUUGGAGCAGAGUCUGACAGACGAGAGAGCGAGGAGAGAGACGGCUGAGGAGGCUCUGCGUCUUGCUGAGGACAGAGCAAAGAGCGUUGAAUCCAGUCUGUCCAGAGACAGUCAGAGGGACUUCAGUAUCGAGAUGGAAGCAGAAGACGCAGUGGGAAACUCUCAGUCUCAACCCAAACCAGCCUCUCAUAGCACGAAAGGUGAAAGGCGGCAUGGUGGCGUGCCGACGCUGGCUCAGAGGGAGGAGCCUCUACUUCUCCAGGCUGUUGACGAGCCGCGCGCGCUCUCGAUAUUUCUUUCUGGCCUACCUGCUCACAAUACACGUGCUCGUCCUCAUGUGCCUCACUGGGGCCCUGUAGCCAGCUCGCACUGGGAAAUGGGUUUAAGGUUGAAACUGAAAGCUGAAGUAAGUUUUUUUUUUUUUUUUUUUUUAUAAAGCUAAUUCAGCAUUUUUAUUUUCUCUCUGCGCUGAAAAGUAAAACACUAAAAGUGGCCCACAUACAGCAUUUUGGAGAUGCUCUCCAUACUCCUGUCAGGCCACACCUUUCCUUCCUAGGAAAGUAAAUAAUAUGUUGACGUUAAAGUUUCCUGCUCAAACGAUGACAUAACAUGUUCAAAGAUUUCAGAUGAAGUCUUCACAACAUGUAAUGUCAUUUUUAUUCAUGUGGUUUGCAAGACUGAACACAGUGAGUGUGUCUUAAAUUAGAUUGUUUCCUUUAAAUAUUAUAUGUUAAAUCAAGCCUUAGAGUAUGGUUCUCUCUUCCCUCACUGCUGUUUAGGGGGGUAUUUGGCCGUGUUGCCUACAGUUUGUUGUAGAGCUGCAAAGACGAGACGAUUAGUUGUCACUAUUAAAUUAAUCGCUGACUAUUUUGAUAAUCGAUUAAU